CAACCACUACGAUCUCUGAUCAUCCGUUUUAUUGGGUUUGUUAUCACAAUUUAUACAUACGAACGCAACGCAUCACCAUCGGUUCUUCCGUCGUCGUCGUCGUCGUCGAAACGAGCUUACCCGAACCAUAAAGCAAUAACGCAAACAAACCCGCUGAUAAAGGACGGCACGCCAUCAGGAGCGAUCACAGUUGGUGGCCAACAGUUGUGGACCGAGCAAGCAACGAAAUUCAUAGGCGCUCCCCAUCUCUUAUCACAUACGAUGGCUAGCAAGCAGGACAAUCUGACGGCGGUCUUGUACGGCAUCGAAGAUCUUCGUCUCGAGCAACGACCGAUUCCAGUGCCCAAAGAUGAUGAGGUUCUGUUGGCGAUGGACAGCGUCGGCAUCUGCGGAUCCGACGUGCACUAUCUGGUUGCCGGGCGGAUUGGGGAUUUUAUCGUGAAGAAACCAAUGAUAGUCGGUCACGAGUCGGCCGGUAUCGUGGCGAAGGUUGGAGCCAACGUGAAAUCACUAAAAGUGGGCGAUCGUGUAGCAAUUGAGCCAGGUUAUGGGUGUCGAGUGUGUGAUUACUGUAAGGGUGGCUCGUACAACCUGUGCCCGGAUAUGAUCUUCUGUGCUACUCCACCAUAUGAUGGUAACCUGAUGCGAUACUACACCCACCCGGCAGACUUCUGCUUCAAGCUACCGGACCAUGUAACGAUGGAGGAGGGUGCUCUGCUCGAGCCGCUGUCCGUCGGUGUGCACGCGUGUCGCCGAGCAGGAGUUCAGCUCGGUUCGCAGGUAUUGGUGCUUGGUGCAGGACCCAUCGGGCUGGUCACCUUGAUCGUGGCCAAAUCCAUGGGUGCCAGUAAGGUGCUCGUUACGGAUUUGCUGCAGAACCGGCUCGAUGUCGCCAAAGAACUGGGCGCUGACGGAACGCUAUUGAUUUCCAAAACUGCCACCGAGGCGGAACUGGUCAAGCAAAUUCAUGAACUGAUGGGAUGUGCACCCGAUAAAACUAUCGAUUGUAGUGGGGCGGAAGCAACGACACGGUUAUCGAUUUUGGCCACGCGUUCCGGUGGAUGCGCUGUGCUAGUCGGUAUGGGUCCACCGGAGGUCAAAAUACCGCUGAUCAAUGCUCUAGCGCGCGAGGUCGAUAUACGCGGUGUGUUCCGGUACUGUAACGACUAUUCUGCCGCAUUAAGUUUGGUGUCCAGUGGAAAGAUCAACGUUAAACGCCUCAUCACCCAUCACUUCGAUAUCGAAGAAACGGCCGAGGCUUUCAACACUGCUAGGCAUGGGCUCGGUGGAGCGAUUAAAGUGAUGAUUCAUGUGCAACCGAAAGACAAAAACAAUCCAAAGUAAAUGUAAAAGAAAUUGUGCCUUCGAAGAGCUAAAAAAGAUGAGAAAUUAAUAAAAGUUCUAUUUUUAUUUGAA